CGCUAAUCUCUAAAGGUAUUCCCAAACAGAACUAUGUUGUUUUGGGAAAAAGAACAGCUAUGGGACGUUUUGCUGGAUAGGUUAGGGAUUAGUGAAGCAAGCCAGUCGCCAUUUCCAAGUUCCACCCAUCUCUGUGGUCUACUCUCCCUCACUCUCUCUACGCUCCCGGGAAACCAACAUCCUCCAAGAUGAUGAGCCUCAUCAGAAUCACUGCGAAAUCUAGCCGUCCGAUCCAAGUAGCCUUGGGAAAUCAAUGGGUUUCCUCGCUCAACAGGAACAGUCCCAGACUGUUCACCACAGACGCUCAAAAUCCGCCGCCAGCACCACCACCGCAGCAGCCGCGAACUGGGGACUUACCUCCCAGACCGAUUCCAAAUCUUGAAGCUAAUGGUAAAGUUUAUGGGAGGAUAAAUUUGAUUGGCAGGUUUGCAUCAAAGACUGAUAUUAUAGCUAUGAUGGGAGACUGUCAUGUAACGGUUGAAGAUGUCAAGUUUGAAUACAACACAAGUUUCAAUGGAACCUCAGUGGUAAUUCAAUUCCGAUCUCAAGCUGAUUAUUCUACUGCGCUCAGAGCAGUUACUCCAAAAACCACCCGUCAAGGUGGUCUUUUAAGGGUUGACCGGAUGCAAUGGGAGAAUGUGAGAUCAUAUGACGGAAAAUCUAUUGUACUGCAAGGGAUCCCUCGGAAUGCAGUGUUUGAUGACGUUGAACGCUUUCUUUCUGGAUGCCAAUAUGAUGCUUCUUCUAUAGAUAUCCGCCCUAUGCCGUUACGACCAGGAAGUACAGAGUCAGUUAAAAGGGCUGUUGUGAACUUCCCUUCGCGGCUUGCUGCUUCGCAUGCUUUUAUCACCAAGAACAGAGGGUUCUGUCUCAACAACCAAAUCAGCAUCCGAAUUCUGCAUUAGUUGUACUUCGAUCUUUUAUCAGGUCAUCGGCAUCCACGAAUGAUGGGAUUUUGGAGGGAUGGUGUGCAGGUAAUAUUUUGGUGCAAAUAUACCCAUCACACCUUAUUCUCGAUCUCUUAUUAGAAAUUUGUAAUAAUCUCUGGGAUUCGAGGAAAACAUUUGCUGAUCUUUUCUUUUUAAAACAUAAUUUUUUUGAAAGCUUUUAAAAUAUAAAUUACUUUGGUUU